AGCCUGCCGUGUAGCCUCAAGCCGCCAGAUCAAGCAUCUCCAACGUGUCUCGAACAAUGGCGGCCAUCCGCUCUCUUUUGGCAUUCCAGCUCACCGUGGCCGCUGCACAGCAGGGAUCCAUGACGAACACCAUGUGCUCCAUGACCAUGAACAUGAUUCCCUUCGUGUGCAAGCCGAGCAGCCAGGGUGUGGGCGUCAAUGCAGCAGAGUGCAAGGCAAACCCCUCGGCCUGCUGCGGACCCGCAGUGGCCAAGUGCAGCCCCACCGAUCCCUUCAGCGUCUUCAAUCCUUGUCCUGCCUCCAUGGGGCAAAACGUCCAGUGUGUGGGCUCCAUGAUGACGUCUAUGGAGAAAGUGGGUGUUUGCAUGUGCCCAAAUGGCAUCACCUGCUCCGGGUCCGGUUCGCAAGCGCAAUGCGCGGGCAACACCAUGAGCAAACCCGGUGCGAGCUUCAAUCCCUUCAGCCGCCUCUACGAUCCGGAGGUCGAUGAGCCAGCCGUGCCCGAGCUGAAUGUGGUGGGCUGGGUGAACUUGGCCGCCUACGUCACGGGCUUCAGCGUGUGCGUCUUCCUGGCAGUGCGCGGGCUCCGGCGCCUGGCACGUGGGCCUCAAGCAGGCACCAUGGAGCUGCUGGCGCAGGAGGACGCCGAGGCCGUGCUGGAUUGAUGCUUCAUACGAUUGAGCCGGGAGGAGCGAGAGGCUGGAUUCUGGAUGCCUGGAGCUGGAAAGAGAAAUGCAGGUUUGGCGACCUACUCAAAAUCCAG